AUGAAGCCAAAUCUUACUCGCCCAUCAAUACCGCCAUCAAUACCACCGUCACGGCUUCUCCAACUCCCAGCCGAACUCCGUCUCAAGAUCUACGAAUAUGCACUAGCCGUACCAAACGACUACCUAGUCAGCAAACCAAUGAUCGUACUAGACGAUCAUGGCAACACAUUCACAGCCCGCGGCCAAUACCGAGCAUUAUCAAUGAGUCCCCACUGGGUCGGCGAAGACGGCACCGCACGCAAACUACUAGCAGUGAACCGGCAACUCCACGACGAAGCCGAAGACUACCUCUACUCAACACACACCCUCUUCCUCCGCAACUCCUUCAAUCUAGACCGACUAGCCGACUUCCUCAACACCCUCAGCGCAACCGCCCGCGCGCGCAUCCGGAGUGUCGGCUUCGAGGUCUUCUUCUUCGUGCACACGCAAACCGGCGUGCCGAAGCGCACACUGAAACAAUACGAAGCCGCAGCACGGCUUCUCUCUGAGAGACUUCCACUGUGGAAUAGUGUGCUGCUUUACCUCGAUCCGCGUUACUAUUAUCCGUCCGCGAAUGUGGGUGGUCGGAAUCUCACGGCCCGGGGGGUGUUCGAUCUUGCUACGCGUUUCGGGGCAUUGUGCAAGGAUGUGAGCUUUUAUCCGUUGCCGAAUGGGGAUCAGUAUUUGCUUGAUGAGGCUCAGCAGUUUGUUUGGAGGACGAGACAGGAUGGUCGUUCUAUUAAGGGAUGUUCGGCUUGGUCUUUGGAUUUCAAGAAGAAAUUGGUUCCGCCAAGCCGGCUCCGGCCCGCGUCAUUUUGCUGA